AUGGCGCCCCCGCAGCAGCCGCCCUCGUCAUCGUCGUCGACCCCGCGCAGCGUCUCAGACGCUACCCGCUUCACGGCCACCACCCCCCAUGCUUCCUCCAAGGGCGCUGUCCCGGGGGCUUCCCGCUUCGCUCCCCCUCGCACAUCACCCGCCGCUGCUCCUUCUGCUGCCUCUGCCUCAGCUGCCGCCGCCGCCGCCGCCGCCCCUCCUCCCUUCAACGAAACGCCAGAGCAGAAGGUAGCCCGUUUACGCGCAGCCCACCUCCGGGCCCGGCAGGCCCAGGUGUCCAAGGUCGACAGAAUAAUCGACAUGGGCAGACGCAUGUUCGACACGGCCCACCGCGUCACCGUCUAUAGCUUGGUCGGCUUCACAGUGAUCGCCGGUAUCGCAACGGCCUACACGGCUUAUGACAUGAUCACCUACAACAAGAAGCGGCAGCGCGAGUGGGUCGAGGCCCAGAUGAAAAUCGAGGCCGAGGAGCUGGCCGCCGCCCGUCUCGCCUACAUCAAGGGCACCGCCACCGAGGACCAGAUCAAACUCGUCGAGGAGGAAAUGGAGAAGGAGCGCAAGCGCGGCGAGCGCUUCUCCUUCUUCAACCUGCCCAAAGUCCUGGACACCGCCGAGAAGGACGCCUCUAAAUCAACACAAACCGCCGCUGCGGCAGCAUCAUCAGCAGCGACACAAAAAGUCGGCACCGGUGGCGUCAAGCCAACCGUUACGGAGACCGUCUCCUGGCCUCUUUCCAAGACCCAAACACAAUCCCAGCCAACCAACUCUGCUUCACCCGAACAAGAAAGCAAGGGCCUCUGGGCCUGGCUCACCUCAAACCUUAAGAAAGAAGAGGAAGGCGACGACUCGCCGGCACAGCGCCGACUGGGCUGGGAGUCGCUGAGCGAGGAGGACAGCAACAUGGGUGUGCGCGACAGCGAUAUUGCCCGCGCCGUUGAAGAGAAGCGGGCGUUCGCGCAGGCUAAGGCCCUGGAGGCGGCACAGGCGAAGAAGGCGGCGGAUGAAGCGGCGGCGGCUGCCGCUGCUGCUGCGGAGGGAGGGAAAAAGGAGGGGAAGAGGGGGUGGUUUUGGUAA